CACCCCUUUCCCCAUCCUCUUCUCUCUUUCUCUCUCUAAAACCCAAAAAUACUACUCCCAUUUCCUCCCGAUUAUCUCAAAUUUCAACCCACAUUUCCUCACCUUCCCCCCCAACUCUCAUCCUCACUCUAUUCCCUCACAUUUCCAUCACAACCCACAAAACCAAAACCCUAAUCUCCCCCCGCACCCCAAUUCACUCCACUUCCCAUAAGAGAGCAAACCCAAUUCCCCGAUCUCCUUAUCCCCAGAAUUACCUAUCCCGAUAAUGUUUUCCACUCCAUUCGUUCUCUCAUUUGGUCUAAUCCUCUCAAUCCCCUUACUGUUCUUCGUCGCCCCGAAGAUCCUCCCUCCAAAACACCUCCAGAUCUCCCUCCCGGACGAGAUCGACGACCUCGCCCUCUUCCGCCGCGCCACCCUCGCCUCCGCCGACCACCACCGCGGCCACCACGGCGCCGUCUCGCGACUGAGCGUGAAGCCCAAGAUAGCAUUUCUGUUCCUCACCAACACCGAUCUCCACUUCGCCCCGCUCUGGGACCGCUUCUUCGAGGGCAACGAGGCCCUCUUCAACGUCUACGUCCACGCCGAUCCGUCGCUGCCGCCGUCCGCGGUGGCGGCGACGGGAAAGAGCGCCUUCGACGGCCGGUUCAUCGCGUCGAAGAGGACCGAGCGGGCCUCGCCGACGCUGAUCUCCGCCGCGCGCCGCCUCCUCGCCACCGCGCUCCUCGACGACCCGAUGAAUUACCAUUUCGCCCUCGUCUCCCAGCGCUGCAUUCCUCUCCACUCAUUCCAUUUCACUUACAAUACCUUGGUUUCCCCACCGAAAAUCUCCGCCGCGUCGAACUCGACUCGGCCCGAGUUAACUCAGUUCAAGGAGCCACCUAGUUACAUCGAGAUCCUCUCCGGCGAACCGCAGCUGUGGGACCGGUACACGGCCAGGGGGGAGAGCACGAUGCUGCCCGAAGUGCCGUUCGACCGGUUCCGGGUCGGGUCGCAGUUCUUUGUUUUGAACCGAAAGCACGCCCUGUUGGUGAUCCGAGACAGAAGGCUGUGGAGGAAGUUCAAAUUGCCCUGUCUCAACACCGAUUCUUGUUACCCGGAAGAGCAUUACUUUCCGACCCUUUUGUCCAUGGAGGAUCCGAAUGGGUGUAGUCAGUACACGCUCACUCGGGUUAAUUGGACGGAUAGCGUCGGCGGGCACCCGCGAACGUACAAGGCGCUCGAGAUUUCGGCCGAUCUGAUUUACAGUCUCCGGGAAUCGAAUUCGAGUUAUUCGUAUUUGUUUGCCCGGAAGUUCACUCCGGAUUGCUUGGACCCUUUGAUGGAGAUCGCGGAUAAGGUCAUUUUCAAGGACUGAAGUGUGUCGGGGUAACAUGGAAUCUGUUCGUCCUUUUCUACGCUUUGGGAACCGUGAAAAGUCAAGUCACUGUCGGAAUAAUAAGGCCCAGAAUCAGGCCCAAGACCAAGCCCGGCGAAGUCGGAGCUCCAGGUGAGAAAUGAUUCGCCGCCGGUGCGCGUGGCGUCCGGUUGUUGUUGUUGUGUAUGUGCGUGUUUGUGUAUAGAGCUGUGUAUCGACGUCCGAUUAGCGGAAAAAGAAAGGCGUCCACGAAGGUGUGGACGGCGGAGAUUGCGAGCUUAGAGUGGAGUGUUGAAAAAAACAGGAAAAAAUGGGCAGUGAAAAAAAGUCCCAAAGGGACUUUGUUGUGUGUCAUUUUUUUUUUCCCUCUUGCUUUUCUUUUCGUACCAAGCUUACGAGAGAAAAGAAUAUCUCCCAUUUGCUCCUUCCCCCGAUUUUCUUCUCCUUUUUGUGUUGUAAUGUCAUUUUUGGUGUUCCACUUAUCCUAAGGAAUGUGUCAAUGCCAUUGAAAUC